AUGCCUGCAUCUAUAGGCGUAAACCUGCGUGUUACAGGACAUUGUCGCCAAGGAGGCAGGAAAUAUAUGGAGGAUUUCUUUUCAGUUGCAUAUCAGCAAACAGAGGAUGAGAAAGACAUGGAAUAUGCAUUUUUUGGUAUAUACGAUGGUCAUGGGGGUGCAGAGGAAGCAGCCUUCGCUAAGGAGCACCUUAUGGAAACCAUCAUAAAGCACAAAAACCUUUGGUCUGGUGAUGAUGAAGAUGUUCUAAGAGCUAUUGAAGAUGAUUAUAAGGCAACACAUUAUGCUAUGUGGAGAGAACAAGAAAAGUGGCCACGAACAGCAUCUGGUCUACCUAGUACAGCAGGGACUACUGCAAGUGUAGCAUUGUGUAGCAUUGUGUAG